AUGGCGACCACGGGCGAGGGCGACGUGGCGCUGAGCAUCGAGGAGACCAACAAGCUGCGGGCCUCCCUGGGCCUGAAGCCGCUGUCACUCGAGCCGCCCAAGCAGCAGCAGCGCGCCGAGCGCAAGGCGCCCGCCGAGGAGCUCAAGCCCGACGCCGAUGCCAUCCGCGCAAAGCUGGCAGAGGCACGGGACAAGCGACGGCGAGAGCAGGAGCUGCAGCAGACACGCGGCCUGGGAGAGGCAGGCGGAGACGCGGACGACGCUGCUACAUGGGUAGUCAAGAUGCGCCAGCAGCCGCAGCAGCCACCAGCAAAGCGUCAGCAGCGCGAGGUGGGCGGAGAUAGGCGUGGCCGGCAGCGGCGGAGUGGCGAUGGUGGCGGCGGCGACGACGAGGAACGGGACGCCAGUGCCAGCGCCGCGGAGCUUGCAGGCGCUCGCGUGCGCCACGACGCCGACGAGCUGGCUGAGGGCGAGACCAUGGUGCUGACGCUGGCCGAUGCGCCGAUCCUGGACGCAGCGGGCGGCCUGAACGACGCCGGUGACGAGCUGGAGGAGGUUGCGCGUGCGCAGGACAAGGCGCGCGCUAAGGCGCGCCGCGCGGCCGGCAAGGAGGCCAAGCCGCUGUGGGCCGAGGACGGCAACGUGCGUUCCCUCCUGGACAAGUACGACGAGGAGGACGAGGAGGCGGGCUUUGUGCUGGACGCGGCUGGGGCAGCCGCUGCAGCGGCUGCACGCCAGGACAAAGUCCGAGAGCGCCUGGCAGCCGCGGCGGCGGCGUUAGACGCUGUUGCGGCCCCUGCGAUGGGCGGGGCCGUGGACUACAUGACCGCCGAGGAGGCCGCGGCAUCGGCGGGCGGCGGGCUGAAGAAAAAGAAGAAAAAGCGGAAGCUGCGCACUACACGUGCUGCCGCUGACGAGGACACGGCAGACGGCGGCGGCAGUGCUGGUGGCGGCGAGGGCGGCCUUGACCUGGAUGCGCUGGAGGCGGCCGCCAAGGCGGAGGGCGGUGGAGACCUGGGGUCACGCGAGGCGCGGCAGCAGCGCCGCGAGGCGCUGGAGGCGGCUGCGGCGGCGGAUGCAGCUGAUCGCGCCGCGCGCUUCCAACGUGCUGUGGAGAGGACCAACUGGGCAUCAGAAGCGCUGCGUGCGCCUGGCCCUGUGGGUGACGAGGAGGACGAGGCGGAGGCGGAGCUGGCUGAGAGCCUCAGCCGCGUGCGAAGGCUGGCGCAGCGCAGCAGCAGCACAGCAGUGCCUGGCGGCGACAGCAACGGCAGUGGCAGGCCGGCGCCUGAGUCUGUUGAGGAGAUUGCUCAGCGGCUGGGCAAGAAGCGUGCUGAGGAUGAGGAGCGACUGAGGGACGAACUUGCAGCGGGAGGUUCGGACCUGUUCAGCGCCGCUACAGAGUUUGUUCGCAACAUCGGCGGCGCGGGCGAUGACAACGAGGGCGAGCAGCAGCGUGGCGGCGGGGGCGGGGGUGGUGGCGACGCGCCCUACAUGGACGUGGAGAUGGAGGAGGCGGGCCAGGGCAGGGGCCAAGGGCAGACAGAGGAGGAAGCACAGCAGAAUGGGAACGCCGGCGACGCUGGGGGGGACGGCACCACCAGCACCGGCGCCGGCAUAGGUGCCGCCACUGCCAAGGGGCGCAACUACCGCAAGCGCAGCGGCUGGGUGUCUGCAGAGGAUGAAGACGCGCAGCAGGCGGGCGGCGAGCAGCACCAGCAGCAGCAGCAGCAGCAGCAGCUGCUUCACAAGCAGCAGGGGCGUUCAGCAGAGACCACCAGCGGCGUGUCUGCCGUGGCAGGCGAACGUGUUAUUGGCCGCGGCCUUGCUGGGGCGCUGGGCAUGCUGCAAGACACUGGGGCUCUCAAAGGCCCCGCGGACUGGGCGGGGCGCACCAAUGAGAAGAAGGCCGUGGCGCUGAUAGGGCUGGAGGAUGUGUACACGGGCGGCAAACAUGAGGACCGCAUGGCGCGCAGCAUAGAGGCAGCGUUGACCCAGCGCGACGAGUUUGGCCGUGUGAUGACGCCCAAGGAGCGCUUCCGCAAGCUGUGCCACCAGUUCCACGGCAUCGCGCCGUCCAAGAAUACCGAGGCGCACCGGCAGCGCAAGUACCUGGAGGACGUCGCCAUCAAGCGCGCCACCACCAGCGCAGACCCCAGCGCGGAGCUCGACCGCAUACGCGUGCUGACGCAGCAGCUGGGCACGCCCUACCUCCCGCUGGACGGCAAGGCUGCGCUGCCAGGCCGUGGCGGCGACGAUGAUGACGGGCCUGCACUGCCCGUCGCUCGCGGGGCCAAGGGGGGCGGCAAGCCCCAGCUGGGAGGCGGCCUAACGCCGCUGGUCGGCGACAGGAAGGUGGAGGCGAUGCUGGGCCUGAAGAAACCACCUCAGCCAGCGGGCGGGCGCGGCGGCGCCGCCGGCGGUGGUGGCGCCACAGGUGGACGCGGCAGUGGCGGCAUGCCCCCCCCAAGGGCCAGAGGCAAGCCGUAG